AUGGCCGUCGAAGAUGCCAAGAUCACCACUCCGCUAAAUGAGCGCCUUUUCAAUGCAGACGCCUCUGUUGUCCUCGUCGGCUGCCGUGGCGCUGGAAAACGAUCUUUGGGUUUCAUAGGCGCCCUUCACCUACGCCGUCGUCUUAUCACUGAGGACUACUAUUUUCAGCAGGCCACCGGUUAUACGCGUCUUGCUUUCCUCAGCAAGCAUGGCAAGCAUGAGUUCAACCGUCGCAACGAUGAAGUUUUCAAGCGUAUGCUUGACGAGCACCGUCACAAGUGCAUCAUCGAGUGCGGUAUGAGCAGUUUCUCCGAGAAGGCCCAGGAGGCCCUGCGUCAGUUCUCAGAGACCAAUCCCGUCAUCUACAUCCACCGAGAGAGGGACGAGGUCUUGCGCAUUCUCGAGUCUGCAGAUGGAGAGCGUAUCCUCCGCGCAGACCAGAAGCACAGGCUGUGCUCCAAUCUUGAGUAUUACAACCUCUUCGACUCGUCCAAAUCGAAGGCUGCCGUGUCCCAUGAUGGAUCUACUGCUGGCGAGUGGGACAUGCAGAUGGCAGCUCCGUCUAGCCUGCUGGACGCCAAGCAAGACUUCACCCGGUUCAUCGACUUUGUCACGGGCCAGGGGCUGGCCAAACUCUUCCUUGAGAGCCCCUUCGCGGUGAGGGCUAUUCCGCCCGAGUUCAGGCAGUACUCAUAUGCCCUACGAUUACGGCUGUCCUAUCUUGUGCACAUGGAUCUGGAAUGGGAGGAUUUCGAGGCGAGGGGUGACUGCGUGGAGCUCAUCAUCGACCACUGGCCCGAGAACAUGACAGAUCAAAUUGCCAGGUUUGUGGCGCUUAUCCGGAGGAAGAUGGCUGUUCCUAUCGUCUACCACGUCGAGGAAAACCCCAGAGAAGAACGGCGCCGUCCGCCAGAUGAGAAGACCAAGAUGGACACAGAGCUCCUCGAGCUUGGUCUCCGGCUCGGCGUGGACUAUCUGAGUCUGGAUCUGCAACGCAAAGACCUCCCCAUAGAAAAAAUUCUCAGCCACAAGGGUCGAUCCAAGAUUAUGGGCAACUACUGGAAUGUCGGCCUGAUGACCACACCUUGGUCAGACGACAGUCACCUUCGCGACUACCAGCAUGCCAAGGCGCUCGGCUGCGACCUCGUCCGCAUGGUCCGCUUCUGCUCAGGCGACAGCACUCUGGACAUGCUCACGGACUUUCGAAACAAGAUAGCCACCAUAGUGCCCAACCCACGGCCUCCCCUUGUGGCGUACGACUUCUCUGUUCUUGGGGUUAGGAAUCCUGUGCAGUCCCGCAUCUUCAGCCCUGUCAAGCAUCCAGACAUGGAGAACGAACGGGAUCACCUGGCGACCGUCUGCACAGCAGCAAGCUGCUUUGAUGCGCUCUUUCGCAAAUUUGAACUGCAGCCUCUACAAUUCUAUACGCUGGGGGCGGACGUCUCCUAUUCGCUAUCUCCCUGCAUACAUCACACUGCCUACGAGUACACAGGCAUGCCACACAGCUUUACCGCCGAACCAUGCUCCACGCUGGAGGACGUGAAUUCGAUCUGCAGCAAUGCUUCGUUCGGUGGAGCGUCACUGACAGCUCCCUUCAAGGUUGCUAUCGUGCCCUACCUGAAGCUGAAGAGCUACCAUGCCACCGUCAUCGGAGCCGUCAAUGUCCUGCUUCCCCUGCGAGGCAAGACAAACUACAUUCUUGACCACGCCGUCUCACGCAAUAAGGCUGGCUUGACGAGCGAGUUCUACGGCGACAAUACCGACUGGUCGUCCAUCUUUACCUGUCUGCAGAGAAGCAUGAGCCCGCGAAAUUUCGUGCGGGCGUCCAAAACGACAGGGCUGGUCAUCGGCGCUGGAGGACAGGCAAGAGCCGCAAUUUAUGCACUGAUCCAGCUCGGCUGCCGCCACAUUUUCAUAUUCAACCGCACUAUAUCCAACGCCCAGGUCGUGGCGGAUCAUUUCAACAACUGGGCGCACAAGCAAGGAAUGACUCCUGGUAAAGGCGGGCUCAAGCAGAUAUGCCAUGUCUUGACGUCCAUCUCCGAGCCCUGGCCACAAGGAUAUGAGCAGCCGACCAUGAUCAUAUCGUGUGUGCCGGCCACAGGUGUGGAAGGGAAGCCACCGGCGGAUUUCGAGAUGCCUAUGCAGUGGCUCGGUAGCCCAACUGGAGGGGUGGUGCUUGAGUUGGCCUACGAACCUCUCAUCACACCUCUGGUUGCUCAAAUGCAAGUUUAUAGGGAUACUAGGAAUCCAUCCUGGGUUGUGGUCGACGGACUCGAGAAUGUGAGCGAGAUGGCUAUCGAGGCAUUCGAGCUCAUGACGGGGCGACUGGCGCCUAAGAGGCUCAUGAAAGAGGCGUGCAGGAAGACGUGGGAGCAGCAGAGGAGGGAGCUGUCCUCCAUGUCUGAGCUGGCAUGAAGAGUGUUUUGUUCAUACCUCGAAUAAUUAUAUUCGCCAGGCGCGAAAAGGAAAUCUAAGGAAAAAGAAAAGAAGAAGAAGAGACACGGCUGAGAGAUGACCUGGCCGUCUUUUUCUUCUUCUUUCUUCUUCCUCUUCUUCUUUCUUUCCCAAAGGUUCACAACGUCAUACACACACACAUACAUAUAUAUACAUAUAUACAUAUAUAUAUAUAUACAUGUAUGUAUAUGGAGGUUUUGGCUUUAUUUUCUCUUUCUCUCUUCUGGGAGAAUUUUUGGGACCCAAUGCUUCAGAGGGACAGAGUGAAGAAUUCGCAUUCUGCCAUAGGCUCUGGAUCGUCCCAGCAGAGACGACUAAUCCCCUCCUGGGUGAGCUCGGCUCCGGAUUAAAUCAA